AUGCAGUUCCGGAAGCUGAUCGCCGCACUGGUGCCAGCUCUGCUGACCUGGCAGGCCAGCGCCGCAAGCAGUCUCCAGUACGACUCCAGCAAGCCCGUCUUCACCUUUGACUACGCCACGACGGCGCCGUACACGAGCAACUGGGUUGCCAUCUACCCCAAGGGCUACAACCCGGCCGCGGCCGACCAGCGCACGCAGUACCUCAGCUGGACCUACGCGCCCGAUCAGCGCGGCACCGUGCAGGUUGCAGCCCCCAACGCCCAGCCCGGCGAGUACACGGCCUGGUUCCUGGCCAAGAGCGGCUUCACCAAGCUCGCCGGCCCCGUGGCGGCGCUGAACCGCGGCGAGACGGGCCCUGUUGCGUUCAUCGUGAGCAACUUUACCACGCAAAACGCGCGCGAGAAGGGUGCGUUUUCGGCGCGCGUGGCGGGGCUGGUCAAGGGCCGGCUGCCGGCGCUCACGUUCAGGCUCGUGUCGGACUCGUCGCCGUCGCGCUGGGUCAAGGUCGGCCGCGACGGUGUCAUCUCGGGCACGCCAGCCAGAGGCGACCGCGGCACCACGACGGUGGUGGUAGGCGCCACCGCAGACAAUGGCUCCAAGACGACGCUGCAAGUCACCAUUCCCGUCGCGGCCGUCGACGCGCCGCUGGUGGACAAGCUGAAGGUGACGACGAUGAACCUCUGGAUCGGCGGCGCGUACGUCCACCACAGCCACUACAAGCAGGUCAGCUACCUGGCGAGCACCAACGCCGACGUUAUUGGGCUGCAGGAGACGGUCAGGCCCGGCGACGCCGGCGCGCGCCUCGCCGACGCGCUCGGCUACUACCACCACGACAAGGGCGACAAGGCCAUCCUGUCGCGCUACCCGAUCGUCGAGGCCCUCGACGCCAACGACGCGGCCGCCGCGGUGCGCAUCCAGCUCGACGGCAAGGACAGCGAGAUCAUCUUCUACACGGCGCACCUCGGCUACGACCCGUACGGGCCCUACGACUUUUGCUUCGGCAACAUGACGGCCGCGCAGGUGACGGCGCGCGAGGCCGAGUCGGGCCGCACGCCGCAAAUCAUGGAUAUCUCCGCCGCGAUGGCCAAGCUGCUCCCCAACGCGGACAGGGUGCCCGUGUUCCUGACGGGCGACUUCAACGCGCCUUCGCAGCUGGACUGGACCGCGGCGACAAAGGACGCGCACUGCGGCGUCGGGUACUAUGAGUGGCCGACGUCCAAGUACCCGCUCGCGGCCGGCCUCAAGGAUACCUUUCGCGCGCUGCACCCCAAUCCUGCGCUGGAUCCGGGCAUUACCUGGUCGCCGCUGCACCCGGCGUCGCAGGAGCCGCCCGACAGGAUCGACUUCAUGUACUAUGGCGGCAAGGGGGUCAGGCCGCUUGCGUCCAAGCCGAACAUCGUGGGCACGCCCAGGUUCGUGCCGGACCAGUGGGACAAUGAGUGGCCGACGGACCACAAGAGCUUCGAGUCGCUGUACCAGCUGCUGCCGAGUGCGCAGAGGAAGAAACCGCGACAAGUGCGUAGAAGGACGGCGCGUGGUGUUUAG